CCGUGAUUAUAGGUAAUUUAACGUCAACCGUCUUUAUACAUGUACCUUUAAAUAAGUUGAAUUUAGCUAGUGUACUGUUGCAACGUUAGAUGUACGUAACCAGGAAGUAAACAACUAUAAAAUAUUUGUGAAUUCAAAAUGGCGACUAGUUGUUCUGGAUCAGAUGAAUUUGUCAACUUUAAAUGUUGUUUAUGUGAAAAGAAACAUAUAGUAAAGGAGGCAGACACAUACUGUGUAGAAUGUCAGGAUUAUUAUUGUUCACCGUGUACAGACUUGCACAAAAUGUUUCCUUCUGCUAUGGGCGUGCAUCAGUUUAUAGACAAGUCAAGUUUCAACACAGUUAGCUUACAGAAAUCGUUGCCAAGUUUUCCAGUUGAAAGGUGUGAAGCUCAUAAAACCAAGUUGCUAGAUAUGUAUUGUGCAGACCACGAUGAUAUCGCUUGUGCGACCUGUAUAGCUAUUAAACACAGAACAUGUCAAAAUAUACACUCGGUACCAGAUGAAGUUGAUACCUUGUAUCAGAAGACUGAGGUUGAAGAUAUAAAACAAGAGCUGCUUCGUAUUAAUACUAAAAUGGAAGACAUGGAAAAAGCAAAGAAACUUCUUAUCAAAGAGCUUAAUGCCCAGAAGGAGAAGGCAGCAGAGUCAAUCAGACAAUUCAGAAAAGAAAUGGAAGAAAUACUGGACACACUAGAAAUGGCAACAAUAAUAACCCUAGAGGAAAUGCACAAAAAUGCCAUAGAGAAGUUAGAAAAUGAAAACAACAAACUUCAGAAACAUAUUAAUGAACUCAAACUAUCAUCACAAAAUCUAACAAAGUCAGCUGGAAAUAAAGCACAAGAGUUUGUCGCUGUAAAAAAAUCUCGGAAAUAUAUCAAUGAAGCCAAUGAAGCAGAAGCAGCGUCUGUGACAAAUUCAUCAGAUGUUAAAGUUGAAUUCAAUGCUGAUUUGACAAUGAUAAAUGCUUUGAAAGAUUUCAAGACAUUUGGAUUUGUAUCUUUAAGUGAGUCUGAAAAAAUGAGGGACAAAUUGUAUGAUGUAAAAAGCAAGAAACUGGUUAAUAUCAAACAUGAAAAUGAUAGGACUGCAUGCAAUGUUUACGGUUCAUGUUUCACAGAUAAUGGACUACUACUUCUAGCUGACCAUAGAAACAAAGCAUUAAAGCUUAUUGAUUUGUCCUCGGAAUCCAUGAUAGAUCGGCUAGAUCUUGAUGCAUCUCCAUUAAGUAUUUGUCAAAAAGGCAAAAACGAAUUUGCAAUAAGUUUGAACAAUCAAACCAUUCAAUUUGUUUCAAUGGGAAACAAACUGAAAACCACCAAACAGUUGAAGGUAGAUCAUUACUGCCACGGACUGGCCUGCAGAGACGAUAAAUUAUUUAUCUCUGAUCAAAGAACCUCAGUUUACAUUUAUGAUAUUAACGGCAGUAUGUUACGUAAAAUCACAUUUGAUAAACAAGGCAAAGCAAUUUUCGGUAGCAACAGACAUAUCAGUGUAAGCAGUGAUGACAAGAUGAUUUUUGUGACUGAUUAUUGUAUUGGUGUGAUUGUCCUUGACUUUGAGGGAAAUCACAAGACAACAAUUAUUGAUCCUGAUUUUGUUUCCUUACAGGGUGUUUGUACGGACAAACGAGGAAAUAUAUUUGUGUGUGGAUGGGGACAGUCAAAAAUUGUUCAGAUCAAUGAAAAUUCUAGUGCAAAAUUGGGUGUUCUAGGAGAUGUUUGGAAUAGUAGGUCUGCUAGCUUUAAUUCGCAACAGAACAGACUGGUUGUUACCAUUAAUAACAGUGAUAAAAUAGAGGUGUAUGACUUAGCAUGAGUCAAAAAAACUGAAAACAAAAUGAUAUCAAACGUAAACCCUAUAACUUAUUAAAGGCCCAUUACGCCUAAAAAUGCCGAUAUUUUUUUUAAUAUUAUAUUAUAUUUUUGGUGUCCUGUCACAAUUUUUUUAAACAGUUACUCAUUUGCCAUAUUGCUGAACCAUCUUUUGAUUCAUUUUGCAUUUAAGCGGUAAGUUCGUUUAUACAUAUAAAAUUAUAUUGAUUAAAUGUUUCAUAUGGAAGUCAAAAUAUCACUGAAGUGUUUUUAUUUCGCUACCUUAGUCACAAAUUAUUUCAGAGCUAUAUUCUUCAUGUGAUAACCAUCUUACAUAUUCAAAUGCUUUAUUUCUGGGGCUAAAUGUGCUUUUUAAAGUUUUGUGCAAUUUGCGCUUAUUUCAUUUACAAAUAUUUUACAUCAAAGAAGAAUUCAAAUUCUUAUAAUGAAAAAAUUCUAGAGCUAUGUAAAUUUAUUAUCAUUAUUUAUUAUUGUUAUUUUAGUUUUAAUUGAAAGGAUAAUGCCUUUUCCAUCAUCAAAGAAUUUUACAUUAUGUUAUAAAUAAUAAUAAUAAUAGUAAUAACAUGUUAUCUUGUUGUUUCAGUGUGCAUAUAUAAUGGGGAUUUGAUGACAUUGUAUAUAUUUUGUAGGUUUUAUUUUGUGUUAUAAAAUCAUAUAUCAUCAUGUAUUUGUUCAUACUGAAAGUAUGCUUUGAUUCAGAUAGUUUUAUUAAAAAUCUCUAAAUGUUUAGCUUAGAUGCUGCAUAAAACUGUUAAAUAUCAGGAAGUGAGUGUGUCUGUACAAGCUUCCAUUUUGUUCCUUGUAUUAAAAUAGUAUUGGUGAGACAAUCUGUAAAAGAAACAUUUGAAUUCUGGUAUGCUUAAAUAAAAUAUAUUCAUUUGAUUACCAAAUUGUCAGAGUUGUAAAUAAAGCGUUGUUUAAAAUUAAGGUGUGACUGAUAUUUGUUUAGCUCACCUGUCACAAAGUCCGUCCGUCCGUCCGGCGUCCGUAAACUUUUACUUUAAACGACAUCUCCUCAUAAACCGCUAGGCCAAUUUCAUCCAAAUUUCACAGGAAUGGUCCUUUGGUGGUCACCUUUAAAAAUUGUUCAAAGAAUUUAAUUCCAUGCAGAACUCUGGUUGCCAUGGCAACCGAAAGAAUAAACUUAAAAUAUCUUCUGUUAAAAAACCCAAAGAGGUAGAGCUUAGAUAUUUGGCAUGAAACAUCUUCUGGUGAGUGUCUACCAAGUUUGUUCAAAUAAAAGCCAUUUGAUAAAAUUAUUUUUUCUUAUAUGUCUAAAGUAAAAACUUUAAAAAUCUUCUUUUAAAUAACCUAUAGAGCUAGAGCUUAGAUAUUAAACAUGUAACAUAUUCUAGUGUCUACCAAAUUUGUUCAAAUAAAAGCCCCAGGGUUAAAUUGGCCCUGCCCGGGGUUCUGAUUUUCCUCAUAAUUAUGUCUAUAGUAAAAACUUAAAAAAUCUUCUUUUAAAUAACCCAUAGAGCUAGAGCUUAGAUAUUAAACAUGUAACAUAUUCUAGUGUCUACCAAAUUUGUUCAAAUAAAAGCCCCAGGGUUAAAUUGGCCCUGCCCGGGGUUCUGAUUUUCCUUAUAUGUCUAUAGUAAAAACUUAAAAAAUCUUCUUUUAAAAACCCCUAGAGCUAGAGCUUAGAUAUUUAUCAUGAAACAUCUUCUAAUGGGUGCCUAUCAAGUUGGUUAAAAAAAGCCCCUGGGUUAAAAUUAGCCCGCCCCAAGGGCCUAUAAUUAUACAGGUGACCGAUUUCGGGGCCAUCAUGGCCCUCUUGGUUAAUAAAUCAGCGCACAGUUUUGUUUGAAUGGAUUACAAAUUGUAUAUCGACAUUUUUAAUUUAGACACAUUGACAGGUUUUUUCGUAGUUAUAUGUAGAUGUGUUUCAUUUAUGGCUUUAUUAAGAGAUCUAAAACAUUUAUGUUACUACAGUGUAUAUCAAUUACCACAACACAGUUGUGGAAUUGUUAUCGGCGAUGACUUGUUACGGAGGAUAUAUUCCACACUUAAUUAUCAGAAAAUUGUUUUACUCAGAACAAGAACAUUGGUUGUAAUAACACAUUUUAUACAGAAAAAUAAUCGGAUUUUAAAGGUCGAAAACGUAUGUUUAAUAUAUAUUCAAUGUUCUGGGUUUUGUAAAUGCACGCUUGUAUGAUUGAAUGUAUGUUUUAUGGGGGUUUACAUUACUGUAAGGUUUUGAUAUUAUCUAGCUCUUGUUUAACUUAAAGUCGAUCUUUUUAUCAAGAAAACAUGUGUCGGCCAUAACAGGAAUUACAUGUACACGUAAUUGAAUUACCGGGUAGUGUGGCCUAUUGCAAUGAAGUUAAAAUGAAAUUUCAUACUCUUUUUUUUCCAUUCUAAAAAUAUUUAUUAUUAAUCUUAUUUUAUCUUAUCUUAUUAUUUAUUUAUGAAGUAUACAGUAAAUGAAUAUUCUUUUACAACUGUAUAGUUUUUUGUUUGUUAUUGUCAUGAAACUAUUGUUUACGUACAUGCGAUAUUCUGGUUUUGUUUGUUUAUUGUCAAGCAGCUAUAUUAUAUUUGUGAAUACAAUGCAUUAAUGCAU